AUACCUUCCCUUUCCUUUUCCUUGGAGGAAGAUGCGAAUUGACCUCUCCCAUUGGAUGAAUUUUUGCCCAUUCAGUUUGUGGCAUGUGAUAGGGAGAGCAAUCCCUUCAGUCAACUGUUGUUUUCCAGGUUAAGCUCUGUGAAGAAUCUUAUGUACUGUGGCUCAUGUACAUCAAUAGUCGGGGGAAGCUUGCUGACCGAUUGGUUGCCUAUGAUUCUGCUCUCUCAGUGCUCUGCCAACAUACAUCUGCCAGUCCCUAGGGCAUAAUACAUGAAAGUGCAUGCAUCUUAGACCUGUUUUUACAAAUGAUGCAUUGCCUAUGCAUGUCAGGGAAUGUUGAGAAGGCCAUUGAAAGAAGUUAUGGAAUAUUCUCUACUACAACAAAAUCCAAUGAGUCUCAUCAUCUGUCACUCUUAGAAAUACUCAAUUGCUUAACUGUUUCUGACAAAUGUGUAUUCUGGGUUUGUUGUGUUUACUUAGUUAUUUACAGGAGACUGCCUGAUGCUGUUCAGAAGUUUGAAUCAGAGAAAGGUCUCCUUGAUAAUGAAUGGCCCUUUGUCAGUUUAUCUGAAGAUGGCUAUUAAACUUGUGGAAACAGCUAUUGAAUCUAUUGAUUCUUUUGUCUAUCGUGAAUCUGUAAAAAGUGAAGUUAAUCUCAGGUCUGCUCAACUUUUUGCUCUCAAUCAUCUCAGAUGCAUGGCUGCCCUUGAUAACAAAGAAUGCUUUAGAGAUUUGCUGGAUAAAUAUGUUGAGCAGUAUCCUUCCUGCAUAGAAUUGGUCCUGGCAUCAGCUCUUAUACAGAAACAGGAUAUUAAUGUUGAUAGUUUCAUGGGAUUUGAGGAAGCCAUUAACAGAUGGUCAAUAGAAGUUCCUGGAAUCCAGUGCAUCUGGAAUCAGUACAUUGAAAAUGCUAUCCACAAUCGAAGAAUUGAUCUGGCAAAAGCAAUUACAAUCUGGUGGUUCAAAUCUAUUUGGCAAGUACAAGUACAAAAUCUCCCAAAUGGAGGGAUGGAGAUCACUGAUGAUGAAUGAUAAAACAGCAGCAUGCAUUGCUUUGGACAAGGCUAAGAGUACUGCUAGUUUUGGAGGUUUAGAGCAAUGUAUAAAGACAUAUGUAAUGUUUCUGGUUUAUGAUGCGUGGAGCUUGAAGGAGGAUGGUUCUGAUGGUGCCAUCAAGAAGAAUUUGGAGUUGUAUGCUGAUGGUUCCUCUCAAGCAUUGCUAGUUCCCAAGGUGUUGACCAGAAAAUUUGUUGACAGCAUCAAGAAGCCAAGAGUGCAGCCAUAUUAAGUCCAGUUUCAUUUGACUGUUCUCUGCUAAAUUUGAUACUUCAGUUAUGGUUUGGUUCAUCUAUUUUACCACAAACUGUUAGUGACCCCAAACAUCUGGUGGAUUUUGUUGAAGCCAUUAUGGAGGUUGUUCCUCACAACUUCCCAUUAGCUAUUGUUGUUUGCAAGCUACUAACCAAGGAAUACAAUUCUGACUCAAACUCAGCCAGUCUAUGGUUUUGGGCUUGUUCAAGCCUGCUAAAUGCAAUUUUGGAUGCCAUGCCAAUACCACCUGAAUAUGUCUGGGUGGAAGCUGCAGAGCUUUUGCACAAUUCUAUGGGCAUUGAGACAAUAUGUGACAGAUUUUAUAGAAGGGCUCUAUCAGUGUACCCAUUUUCUAUCAUGUUGUGGAAAUCCUUCUAUUAGCUGUAUAUGAUCAGUGGAGAUGGAAAAGAUGUUGUUGAUGCAGCAAAACAAAGGGGUAUUGAACUUUGUUAACUAAAGAUUUAGGAACCGAUUGAAAGUCAGGUUGGUAGGAUCAACAUAAUUGCUCACGGGAAAUUUGUUCGAAUCAUACAAUAUUUCCACCUUUUGGAAGCAGUUCUAAUGACAAAGAAAUUUCAGGUGUUUGAGAGUUGAACCUAUAUCGAACUUUUGUUCUGGAAGGUAUAUAAGGUAUGAGUACAUUGGCAAUGUCUGGUGAGUUUUUAGGUGCAGGCACAAACAAAUUAUAGGUUAUGAAACUUUAUAGGAACAGUGAAUCUUUUCUGUUUUUGCCAUCUCACCUUUUGUUUUCCAUCCCCCACCUCCCCGUUUUCUUAUAAUUGAUGUUAGCCUACUUCACUGGUGCAUGCCCGAUCCUACACACAAAAAUGGGAAACAGAAUAGUACUAAGACAUGUGAAGGCCAUUCCACCAUAAUUGGGGAAUGCUGGUAACUUACUCGUUGACACUUUUGAACAUUUUACUGCUAUUAGGUGAAAUCUUGUGUUGGCAUCACUAAAUAACUCGAACCCAAUCCCUAUAUAAGUAUGACCUAUCAAUCAUAAUAAUUAGUUUUCAAUUCCUUUAAUUAUUUAGCCGUGCAAAUCUAUUAUUUCCAAUUCUGAUUUGUUGAGAAUUAUUAGGAGAUUGGUAGCUUGAUUCACUACAUAUUAGGGCUGUUCACUUGUAUAUAUAUCACUGUAAACUAAUAUCAAAUUUAUCAAUAAAAGUUACAAACUUAUUCCUCUAUAUGGUAUCAGCCUAAACGAUCCACCCAUUCCCUAUUUCUUCAAUUAAGGACGUCGUUCCCCACCCUUGCCUCCCAUGGCCGACAACAACUCCUUCAUUCCCAACCCCCAUGAGCCAUCCAAACCCCUUGCUUGCAUCACUUUCACCAAUGUCACCAAACUUCUUCCCAACAAUUAUCCUAAUUGGAAACAACAAGUUGAAGCUCUCCUUGAUGGUUAUGAUCUCCUCCAAUAU